CUUUUUCAAAGCUCUAUGCAGUUGCUUUGGGAAUUUCCCUGUAUAACUAGAGUUCUUUGGACUGAGCAUAGUGAUCUCAAAAAUAUCACUUAACCAGGGAAGAGAGCAAAACAAGGAAAAAGGGUUUCAACUUGUGCAUGGUAUCAAAUAUAUAUAUCAAUAUAUCCCAUCUUGUUACAUUGUAAAAAGUUAAAGGUCUCUCAAACUCGAUUCCCUACCUAGCUAAUUAGCUCCAUCUCUUUUGUUUGGGGAUCUUCAAGGUUUUAAGUAAUCAUGGAGUUUGCUAGUUUCCAUCUUCAGCAUCAGCUUCAAGAAGAAUCUGCUCACUCUAUAGCUUCAGCAACCCCACCACCUGACUCUAAACCUUCCAUCACCUCUCAUCAAUCAUGGAUCCCAAGCAACAUAUACAAUGGUUGUAACAGUGGCUUUCUAACUGAGAGCUUUACAAAUUCAAGAGAAGUACAGCACAAGCACGCCAUGACUGACUCACUUAGAAUUUCAACAAGGCAAGCCUUGGGUUUCCACAAUGGAAAAAGCGUUGCUCAACAGCCAGUUAGUGAUCUCUUUGCAGCAAGAAUCAAAGGUGAAAUGAUGAACACCUCCAUGAAGGCUAUGGAGGAAUCGUGUUCACUAAUCCCAAUUCAUGAACCACGAUAUCCUCCUAGUUUAUUACCUAGUCUUGGUGUAACUGGUGUAGAGUUUUUUCCUUCGGAGACUGUCUUUCAUAAUGAGAAGCCUAUUGAUGGAAAGACCUUAAGCAAGAGAUAUAACAACUUUGGUGAUGCUAGUUUAAUUUCGAAUUUACCAACCCUAGAUAUGACCUCUUCUUUGGUUUCAUGUUCUUUGGGUUUAAAUCCUAAAAUGUUUGAUUUGCAUACAAGUUACAGUGAGAGUUGUGAAAUCCAACCUUGCUAUGAUACUUUUGGUCUAAACGAGAGCAUAGCUUUGUGCCACAGCGACAUGCAUGGCCGCGAAAAUAGUCCAUCAAAUAGCUCAAAAAUUUCAUCAUUUAUAAGUGAAGUUGCAACGGUAAAAAGGCCUAGUAGUUGCUCUCUACCAAAAGAUUCAGAGGCCAAAGCUAAGAGGUCGAGGCCAUCAUCAUGCCCUCCCCUGAAGCAGAUAAGAAAGGAAAAAUUGGGGGAUAGGAUUCAAACUCUUCAAAGAUUAGUAGCACCUUUCGGGAAGACCAGUACAGCCUCUGUGUUAAGUGAAGCCAUUGGCUACAUCCAUUUCCUUCACCAACAAAUCCAGACUUUGAGCAUUCCUUACAUGAAAUCCACGCAAAGCAAUAGAAUGUUGCAGCUGAGUACAAAUAAAGUAGAUAAAGAAGUGAAGCCAGACCUAAGAAGCAGAGGCUUGUGUCUUGUUCCCCUUUCUUACGCAUCGUUUAUUCAUCGUUGUGUUUAGUCAUUUUCAUACUAUUAUUAUAGUUGCAGAUACCAGAGAUAACCCAAAAUUUGAAUCAAAGAGCCUUUAUUGUGUGCUUGUUUUAGUUUCUGAGCAAUGACAAAGUUGCAAUGUAACAUGUAUAGAGCAUUGAAAAUUAAAAAAAAAAAGAAAAAGAGACUUCAC